UUUUUUUUUCCUAACACUGUACAUGAAAAAUUUAUUUCACUAAAGCUCAACAAUUGCAUGAAAUGGAGAAACUUGUUGAUGCGAUAAUUCACUUUUGUAUCUUCAAAAAAUUGAUGAUUCUUGAGAUAUUUCCAUCAAGAAGAGGUCAGCACAAUUGAAUUAUGUAAAUGUAAAACAGGAAACCUUAGUUUCUUCAGUUCAUAAGCUCUUGUUUGGGUUGCAAUGUUGCCUUUGAAGUUUACGCUCUAUAAUCGAUCAAAUCAAUCUCAAUAAAAUGAGCGAUACCAUAAAAGCUGAAGCAUGACUCAUCAGAUAGUGAAUUUAUUAUUUUUUAUCAAGUAGGUCGCCUUAUCGACGACUGACAAUCAUUCAGUGCGGUUUCUGAUUCCGAUUCGGCCGUUUCGAUAGAAACUUCCGACCCAUGGUGUUGCUUGUUUUGUAGUUCAACAAAUCUUUUCAGAGGAUCGUUUUCUUUAUCGGUGGUGUUUUGAGAAAAAUUAUUUGAUUGUGAAGCAUUUACAGCUUUGUAAGCGUGUGUACUUAGUUUAAUUAGAUUGGAAUGGUAUAAUGACAGGUGCAACUCCAAAAAUAAUCAUCUCCAAUUUGGCAUUACACGUGAGAUUUGAGGACAUCGAACACCUUUUAUCAAAUCAUGGUCGUGUUGUUAGUUGCGACAAACUCACAUCUAAGGAUCCAAACACCCAGACAGUGCAAGUGAUCUACGAAACAAUUGAGCAGUCACAAGCGGCCCAAAACGGUCUGAAUGGCAUCGAGGUCGAAGGCAAACACCUUAAAGUCGAAAUUUCUUCGGAUAAGCGUCCCAAGCGAACACAAAGAGGAACUGCUGGUGCCCCUUUCAGCGCUGGAAGUAUACCUGGUACAAGUCGGCAGACUGAUUUUCCGCUACGCAUCUUGGUACAGAGUGACAUGGUGGGUGCCAUAAUUGGAAGGCAAGGAUCGACCAUAAGACAAAUAACACAACAGACUAGAGCCCGUGUGGACGUUCACAGGAAAGACAACGUAGGAUCCUUGGAGAAGGCCAUCACGAUCUAUGGCAAUCCAGAGAAUUGUACGAACGCCUGCAGAAAGAUUUUAGAAGUUAUGCAACAGGAGGCUAACAACACGAAUAAGGGUGAGAUCGCCCUCAAGAUUCUUGCUCAUAACAACUUGAUUGGACGAAUAAUCGGCAAAGGGGGAAACACUAUCAAAAGGAUAAUGCAGGAAACUGAGACUAAGAUCACUGUGUCGAGUAUAAAUGAUAUCAAUUCAUUCAAUCUGGAGAGAAUCAUCACCGUAAAGGGCACUAUCGAAAACAUGAGCAAAGCUGAGGCGCAAAUUUCGGCUAAAUUGAGGCAGAGUUACGAGAACGAUCUGCAAGCGAUGGCCCCUCAGACAAUGAUGUUCCCCGGUUUGCAUCCUAUGGCUAUGAUGGCAACUGCUGGCAUCGGAUACGGCUCAAGAGGUCUCUAUACUGGCCAAGCCUCCUAUCCCGGCAUGUAUCCAGCAGGACCAAGUCAAGUAGGAGGUGGAGACGGAAGCGAGACAACUUAUUUGUAUAUUCCCAACAACGCUGUGGGUGCCAUUAUUGGAACAAAAGGUUCUCAUAUUCGAAACAUCAUCCGUUUUUCCGGAGCCUCUGUCAAAAUAGCGCCUAUCGAUGAUACAAAACCCCAAGAGACUCAGAAUGAGAGAAGAGUUACCGUUGUUGGUUCACCAGAGGCUCAAUGGAAGGCUCAGUACUUGAUAUUCGAGAAGAUGCGGGAGGAGGGAUUUGUUGCUGGUUCGGAUGACGUAAGGUUGACGAUCGAAAUCAUGGUUCCUAGUUCUCAAGUAGGUCGCAUCAUUGGUAAAGGAGGUCAGAACGUGAGGGAACUGCAGCGUGUUACGGGUAGCGUUAUAAAGUUGCCAGAACAGGGCACUUCGCCACAAGAAGACGAAACAACGGUGCAUAUCAUCGGACCUUUUUUCAGUGUGCAGUCUGCACAACGACGAAUACGCGCCAUGGUGAUGCAAGCAGUGGCACCACCGCAAGGUAGAUCCCGACAGCCGCGGCAACCAAAAGAAGCUGGUCAACAGGGUGAAGCUGCUUCUUCUGAAAAACAACAGUAACGCCAGCUUAAAACAAUCACUGCCGAGUGCAUACGUUUAUGCAUACCUUAUUGUAUGUGACAUCUCGAGGCCUUCCACUAGACGCAAGAGUUCGGUCCUUCUGUUAAUCGUGCUCCGUAAGGAUUUCCCGUGUUUGGUGCGCAAAUUCUUUAAUCCGAAAAUAGCUAUUUACCUCAUAACAUUUUUUCAAUAUUUUUAAAAGGGAUGUCGUUAUUCCACUUCUUUAUUCUCUUAUUUUCCACAAUUGUUGCCUUUUUUCGUUGAAAAGAUUCGAAGAAACGCAAUAAUAAAAUUUGUGGAAAGUUAAGAAGAUGACCAGAGCAACCGCGGUAUAUAAACUAUGCCCGAAUAAUUGAACAAUCUACCUCAAGAAAUCAAAAUAAGUUAGAUGUUUUAGCCAUAGCAAAUUUCCGUUAUUUACACAGCAACCAACCAUAUGAAACCUCAGAAAAAAUACAAUAGUUAUUUUUUUUACUAUUGAACACAUUCAUAUACACCAGACUCGUAGUGUUCAUAAUUACCUAAAAAAUGGACAACCAAAGACGUAACUAUAGUCAACGAUCUUUUUCCAUACCGAAAACAAUCGCGUUCCUCUGACGGAAUUCGAUUGGGUGACGGUCGUCGCAACGAGAUCUAUUAUUAUUAUUUACAUCAUGAAAGCAAAUCGAUAUAAAAAAUAUCGAGUAUUACUGAAAUCUAGACGGACCCAUUUACGAGGAUCGACUUUCAAAAUCAGAACGCCUCUACUGGUCCGCUACCAGCGCCGCCGGAAUCAGGGCCGCUAACGGUAAGCACAAUAGGACAGAAGCCGCCCUGCGUCCAGCGCGCUGCGAGACUGUGAUCAAAUUGUAAUUUUUGUGAGUGUACCGUGAGUGUCUGCUUGUAUGUAUGCGAGUGUAUUUUUGCGUGUUUAUUAUGUUUCCCAUAAUGGUGGCAUUUCGAACCGAUCGGCGCCAUGUUCCUUUGGAGACUGACUACACUACAAUACUGGACGUCCUCAUGAUCGCCGCCAUCGGAAGGAGUGAAUGUUUUGUUAAUACAAUGUUGAUGUUUGGUUAAUUAGGCAACCAACCCUCCUAGUAUUAUUUGUUAAAGGAGUGGGAGGGCUGGUAUGGCCACCAGUUCAGACUUACCAGAUAGGACAAGUAAGGCAUGUAGCCUUGAGCGGUCGUGAUGCCUUGUGUCAAGGUCGGCCGCGCCCCUGAUAGUACAAACUCGGGAGGUAUAGAGUAAGGGCGCGCAGCCCAGGAAUCGGAAUACUUCCGGUUUUGUAAGAGAAAUAUUUUUGAUAAAAUUGUUUGUUGGGGAGGAUAUUUUUUGUUAGAUUUUUAAAAUAAUGAAUUAUAGCGGGGUCGCUAUUAAUUGUGAAAAAAAUGGAUAUAUUAUAUAAUAUUAUAUUUAUUGAAAUGUAUAUGUAAAAGAUUUUUAAAUUAUUUGUACAGAUUUAUGAAGUGUGCCAAAGUGCGAGAAUGUUACCAGAGAGUUGCAUUUAUUUAUGAAGAAAGAAACAAUGUUACAAUUAUCAAGGGUUCAUGUAAUUAAAUGCAGGCAAAAAUCGAUUAUGCACUCACCCAUUACAUUCGGGAACCAUUUCACACUGAUUUGAGUUUUUUUAAUUAAAUUCGUUCAAUCGUACAGAAUAUAAUUAAUUUUAGUGCAAAGACUCAAGUUCUAAAUUGAAUUACCUAGUUGGUCGAUCCAUUUAUUUCACAUAUGCAUCUAAUAACAUCUGUCAAUCAUAAAGAUAAAAAGAAAGAACAAACAAAAAUCUAACGUUUUAAGAAGUUCACGCCAAAAUGAUGAAAACACUCGAAAUUUGAACCAUUAGUUCCCAUUCAGUCAGACCCCCAAGAACAUACAGAUCCAUCCAUUGUUCAGAUCAUUCUGCUAUUGUCGGCCCUCCAAACACACGAUAAAUAAUCGAAAAACGGUAAAUUUAAUCAUACCUAUCACCGAUCAAUAAAUCGGCUGACAUAAGACAACUCUUACAUUUUAGAGUAAUAGAACGAAACCAAAGUCGAGUCAGCUUGCAAAACUCAAUCGAUACGUACGGUAUGCCUACGUAGCGUCUUCAGCAAGUACUUAUAUGUUGAGUGAAACAGCGGACGUACUUGUCCCUGUUUCGCUAUCUGCUCUGACCUCAUCAUGACCGACCAGAUCGUCAGUAGGACGCUUUCCUAAGUCACAAAUCAAUAUGCACUCGGCCUUUUUCCGCUAAAAUUUACAAUUUUAAUUUUCCAAAAUAAACUAUUUUCAGAAUUAAUUUGCAGCUGAACAAUUUUCUCUGGCGAUCUGGCUGGAAAACUUUUAGCUCUGCUAAUUAGGCAGUGUAUCCAUCUUUAUAUGUUAUGGUAUAAAAGUGCCUAACCCAACCCUGAACAUCGGAUAAUCUCGGACGAAUUCGAUAGGAGGGUUACAAAAGAUUGUACACUUUCAGAUUUUUAUAUAUCUGUUUCUGUUUACUGAUCUAGAAAAAACAAUGGGCAUUAAUAUAUGAGAUUCUCAUGUUACUCAAAUCAAACUUUUGAGUAUUAACAUAAUCCAUUAAAAUUUUCACAGGUUCGAGAUUAUUUAUAGUACAGGAGAAAUGUCUAUAUUAUAGUUAUAGUUUAAAUUUGUAUUUGCAUUUCAUAUUAUAUCAUUUUAAGUUGAUGAAAAAAAAAAAUGAUUUCAAGCAAACCAUAAUAAAUUACACAACCACUACUACAUUUUCUAUAAAAUAGAUUUGAUGAUGUUAUAGGGUUUACGUGAAAUCAAAUCCACAUAUAGUUAUAGUUCGUGUAUUACUCUCUCACUGGUGAAUUUAUGGUUUAUCGUGUUCUUCAUUUAAUUACUUCAUUUAUUUACAACCACUUUUUUUCUUGAUAGUUUUUAGGAAUUGUUCAGAAACACUGCUGGAAUAGAGACUGAUUCAUUACCAGCUGCUUUAGAUUUAGUACCUUAGAAAUGGAUAACUCAUACUAGUAUUUUAUAUAUUCUUUCCACUUCUAAUAAUGCCAACCUACAACUUAUUUCACAUUUAUUUACCAAAUUAUAUUCUUGUUGGUUUUUUCAACUUUUUUACGGUGCUCAUGUUUCUGUAUCAAUAUAUCAAUGUUGAAUAUUUACAAUAAGAAGAAAAUUAAUAUUGUCUUCACAACAAAUUUAUGUAGAGGUGGGCAAAAUUCAAUAGGAUUGAAUGGCAGCUCUAUAAGCGUAAGAGCUAGGGAAAUGGCAUGUUUCCGACCUCGAUUUUCAAAAAGCGGAUAAUAGCCCACACCACAUCUCUCUAUCUUCUUUUAUUUUCAAGUUAUAAGUGAAAACUCAUUUUCCGGCUCUUCGAAUUGGUGCCCCUAUUUCGUGAAGUUUCACUGAUCGAAAAACAAAUGUAACAUUCUAUAGACACUAUUUAUGAAGAAUGCAGUGGUGUAGUCAAAGAUUUUUUCAGUCUGCCAUAUCAGUGAGAUAAUAAUAGAACCUUAAAUUUCUUUAAAUAUGAACCUCGUGUUUUUUUUACAUAAUCCAGUCGUAUUUUUUUCUCAAAAACUAGUUCGGUUAAGUUGGCAGGCUAUUUCCAUUGAUAAUAUGAUAAUUAACUUUAUGCUUCUAUGUUGUGUCAGGUUAUGAGAGACUUUGAAAAUCUCUUUCAUUCCAGAUAUUCGAGAAGAUGUUCGGAAAAUGAAGAAAUAAGAAUUGCCAUGACUAUUUCAGUUACCUAUACUAGUACCAGCACAGCCGCUUUUAUUUGUGAAGGUCUUUGAAAAUGCUGUGGCACUAGCAUAUAGAUUAUCUACUAGUUGAAAAGCUUUCGAAACAAAGUUCCAUAGACACAUCAAUGAAAAUAACCUGCCAACUUUACCGAUCUAGUUUUUAUUUUUUUUUUUAUUGGAAGAACAAUUAGAAACAUGACGUAUAUUAUGUAUUCUGAAUCAGAAAAAAUUAUGGGUCCGGAAUAUGUAAAAUAAACAUAAGAAUUGUAUUUAAAAAAUGAAAGUAACUUUUAUAUCACUGAAGUGGCGGGCUGAAAAAAAUCUUGUGUAUGUAUGUUCCCCCAUACCUAUACUUGUAACAUUCUUUUUACCUCUGUUUUUCGAUAUCAACUUUACGAAAUAGAGGCACCAGUUCAAAGAGCCGAAAAAUUAAUUUUCACUUAUAACUUGAAAACAAAAGAAGAUAGAGAAAGAUGCGGUUUGAAAAUCGAGGUCGGAAACGUGCCAUCAAUUUUUCCCUAGCUCAGGUUACAGAGCUGCUAUUCAGUACCAUCGAAUUUUGUCCACCCUGUACAAUGUAAGUUGUUCAAUCCAAUUGCAUUUCCAUCUGUGGAAUCAAGUUGUUGAUCAUGUUGGUUGAUUGAAGUUGAUGUUUUCAUUUGCUAUGUUUCAUUGUUUCCAAAUCAAAUAUAUUUUGCAUUUUGCUUUCAAGUUCAUGACAGUAAGUUAUCCAAUCUAAGGAGUUACCUACCUCAAAUGCUAAUUAUAGAUUUCUAUAAAAUUUAAUUUGUUGUUCUUGUUUUAUUUGGAUAAUCAAUUUAAUAUUUAAUGAUUCAUAAAUAUCUGGUGAAUACUAUUUGUGCUAUGAAUUAUCUAUAUAAUAAAAGUAAUCAUCAAUUUUUGUGUCAGUGUGCCAUUCUUGUGUAUGUUUAUUGUAAUGAGUCAAGUUUGCUUCAAUGAGGCAAGUGCACACAAGUUGUCCAUUAAUAGAACGAGCGCUUCGCUCUGUGGCAUAUUUGAGAUCUUUACAUUUCAAAAUUUAAUAACGCUAUUCACGGCUAUUCACAGAACAGUGCGAAUUUUAAUUCUUCGGCUCAAAUUCAGUGUCAGUUCGUUCUGUAUUAUAACACAUUUGUAGUAUAUCCCAUACACAUCCAUAUUUACCUACAUUGAGUUGGACAACUGCACAACAAUAUUGUCUCAGGAAUUCUAACUCAGGAUAAUUUUGGUGGCAUAAUUAAACAAAUACCGCCAGUUUGCCACAGGUUUGCCUUAAGUCGUUAGUAAAUGAGCAUGUCAGAAUGAUUGUUGAGUGAAGGACUGUUACAAUAGUUAAAUAUUUGUUACGAAAACUGUAGAUGGUGAUGCUUCUCAAUUAAGAUAAAUAUUUACAUAUAAGAUGAACACAAUAGGUGGAAAUACACUCAAACUGCAGUAAAAGUCCAAACUGAGUUCCACCCCCAAAAACUAUGGUUUGUAAUUAAUAUUCAUUGUGAAACUGUAACGUUCGAUGGGAUAUGUAAGUAUUCAGUAUUAUAUCUGUCUGUAUUUUUCAACAAGAUGAAAUCAUUGUAAUAUCAUCUGGCAUACUCAAAUUCGAAUGUUCUUUGAAUACUGUCCAUUUAUUUCAGUUGAAUAAAUAGUGUUCCCUAA